CUAUCGUCCGUCCCUAAUUCCCAUUUCAUAACCAGUCCGCCGGGCUCCACUUUUUUAACAAAAACAUUAGCUAAAUCUUAACUGAAAUGAGGCUGACAAAUACGUUAUGUGCCCAGCAUAUUGGCUGGCAUUUUAAGAAGCAUUGGCUAGUCCAGGGAAAGCGAGUUCCAAAGGAAACAGGAGCAGCCGCCGAGCUUUUGAAACUGGGGAUAACCAUCAAGACACCUGAGGACAUAUUGAACCCCAGGGUGGAGUUACCGAGAGUCAACAUAGUGGGAGACCGGGAGCGUCCAAUUCCUCUAGACAGUUCACAUCCAAACUGGCAUUCGAAAGUCUGCCAUACGAUUUCUGAUAGCAACGUUGUGAUUGGCGGUUUACCCCAAGCCCAGGUCCUGACCAACUCUAUAGAGAUUCCGACGUUUCCCAAGAAAAUCGAGGAUGCGAUUGCCAACCAGGAGUUGCCUAGUUCCAUUGACAAGAAUGUUAAGCACGCAAUAUUAGCUUCCCACGUGUACGACGCGGAGCAAGUCAAGUUGCCAAAGGUUAGGAACCCAGAUCGUCCCAAUUUUAACCUGCCGCGAACUUAUGGAAUUUCCCACGAAAGAGUCAAUCGCCUGUUAAUCAACAAACUUAUACACGAAAGCGACAAGCUAGCCAACGAGUCAGUUACGUUGCAACGAAAGUUGAUGGACAAUGCUCCAUUCCAAACGUUCAUAAACCACGACGAAAACCUUUUCAGCUUUGAUCUGGUUGCGCAAAAGGUAGUUGUUUCCAAUAAAGCUAUUGAGGCUAUAAAGGGAAAAUUUGAAGGAAAUGUUCCCGACCUGUACCCAAUGAAGUGCACUAUUUCGAUUCCAAAGCAACAUAUUUAUGUUAAUGAGAACUUCUACCCUUUGAGUGCUACCCAAACCUGUUCGCAUCCACACACGAUAUUCUCCGUUUUCAACAAGCACUUGGUCAAUAACGUACACAAAUCCGAGGUUACAACUUCGCAGCUGCAUGCGAGAACCCUGCUGAAAGCUUUUGGUGUGGCUGUGGCGAGGGCCAAGCAAUUACAUGGGGACUCGGCCGGCGGUGUCCUGCCCAAACCAAUUGUGGUGCAAAGUGUUCAGACCGACGGCAGAACCUUCCACUUUGGUGUACUGCAACUGAACACACUCGAUCCCAACAGUUCUACAAAGAACUUGUGGUUCCAGAGACAAAGCUAUGAUCUAUUUUCAGAAUGUGGCUACAAAUCUGGAAAGUCAUUUUUGGAGAAUUAUAAUGGCGAUGUCUUCCGAAUCCUAAAUGCAUUUUAUAACAACUCUUAAAAUAUAAAUGCACCUUAAAAAUAAAAACUGUUUUUGUUAUCUGUCCCGGAUUAAAUAAAUAGAAUUAAAACAUGUUUGCUUUCGAUA